GUGCGCGGAGCCUGCGAGCGGCGAGACGCGGCGGGCGCCAUUUCGGGGAGCAGCCGUUGGUGCCGCAGCCGGGGCUCGCUCGGCUCCGCGGAGCGUUCGCCGCGGUCGCGCCGCUGCUCGCCGCCCCGGGGCUGGCCGAGCCGAGCCGGGACGUUCAGCCGAGCUUUAGACUUCUGCAGAGGGCUCCCGAGCCCUCGGGCCCAUCCCCCACCGUCAGCGCAGCCGAGCGCCGGGACCAGGAGCAGCCGCCGCCGCCGGAGCUCGGGCGCCCGAGCGAGGGACAGCACCCUCCCGCGGCGCAGGUGUCCUGAAAAAUGGCAGAUGAUAUUGAUAUUGAAGCAAUGCUUGAGGCUCCGUACAAGAAGGAUGAGAACAAAUUGAGCAGUGCCAAUGGCCACGAAGAACGAAGCAAGAAGAGAAAAAAGAGCAAGAGCCGAAGUCGAAGCCAUGACAGGAAGAGGAGCAGAAGUAAGGAGCGCAAACGGAGCCGAGAUCGGGAAAGGAAGAAGAGCAGAAGCCGGGAAAGGAAACGGAGCAGAAGCAAAGAGCGCAGACGUAGCCGCUCCAGAAGCAGAGACCGCAGAUUCAGAGGCCGCUACAGGAGUCCCUAUUCUGGUCCAAAGUUCAACAGUGCCAUCAGAGGGAAGAUUGGUCUGCCUCACAGCAUCAAAUUAAGCAGACGUCGCUCCAGAAGCAAAAGUCCCUUCAGAAAAGACAAGAGCCCUGUUAGAGAACCUAUUGAUAAUCUUACCCCAGAAGAGAGGGAUGCUCGAACAGUAUUCUGCAUGCAGCUGGCUGCAAGAAUUCGACCAAGAGACCUGGAAGAAUUUUUCUCUACAGUAGGGAAGGUUCGUGAUGUGCGAAUGAUCUCGGACAGGAAUUCCAGGCGUUCCAAGGGAAUUGCUUAUGUGGAGUUUGUUGAUGUUAGUUCAGUGCCUCUGGCAAUAGGACUAACUGGGCAGAGAGUCUUGGGCGUACCCAUCAUAGUCCAAGCAUCACAGGCAGAGAAAAACAGAGCAGCAGCAAUGGCAAAUAAUCUGCAGAAGGGCAGUGCUGGUCCUAUGAGGCUCUAUGUGGGAUCAUUACACUUCAACAUAACUGAAGAUAUGCUUCGGGGAAUUUUUGAGCCGUUUGGCAGAAUUGAAAGCAUUCAGCUGAUGAUGGACAGUGAAACUGGGCGCUCAAAGGGCUACGGAUUUAUUACGUUUUCUGACUCUGAAUGUGCCAAAAAGGCCUUGGAACAACUCAAUGGAUUUGAGCUGGCUGGUAGGCCAAUGAAGGUUGGACAUGUAACGGAGCGCACUGACGCUUCCAGUGCUAGUUCAUUUUUGGACAGUGAUGAGUUGGAACGAACUGGAAUUGACUUGGGAACAACUGGUCGCCUUCAGUUGAUGGCACGACUUGCAGAAGGUACUGGCUUGCAGAUCCCCCCAGCUGCACAGCAGGCUCUUCAGAUGAGUGGCUCUUUGGCAUUUGGAGCUGUGGCAGAUUUGCAGACGAGACUGUCUCAGCAGAAUGAAGUUCUGGCUGCGGCAGCUUCUGUACAACCACUUACAACACAGUGCUUCCAGCUUUCCAACAUGUUUAAUCCUCAGACUGAAGAAGAAGCUGGCUGGGAUACAGAAAUAAAAGAUGAUGUGAUUGAGGAAUGUAACAAACAUGGAGGAGUUAUCCACAUCUAUGUAGACAAAAACUCAGCUCAGGGCAACGUCUACGUCAAAUGUCCUUCCAUCGCCGCCGCCAUCGCGGCCGUCAACGCGCUGCACGGGAGGUGGUUUGCAGGUAAGAUGAUCACAGCAGCUUACGUACCUCUGCCAACGUACCACAGCCUUUUCCCAGACUCGAUGACUGCGACCCAGCUGCUGGUUCCCGUUCGACGAUGAAGAUGGAUUUAGUCUGUUUUGUACAUAGUUAUUUUUUGGAGGAAGAUUGAGUUAUCUUUUAUUUAGAUAAAACUAAAGGAAAGGAUUUAAUGUCAUUUUGUGUACACUUCCUGCUACCUUUAAAAAUAAAAUGAAGUAAGCAGAA